AUGGAGACGAAGUUCUUUGAUGGAUCGAUUCGUCGUGUGAUGCCCGAUGCCGAGGCAAGCAAGACCGAAUCUGCGUUCGCUUCACCGAUUUGUCGACCGAAGCGGAUGCAGAGAAAUGACUCCUCGCAACCAAGCUCUUCAAUGAAUCAACAGAACGGGAAUGUCUCCGAUCGGACACAAAGCGGACGAUCGAAACUUUCAAAAGCUCAAGUGACAGUUGUUUCGGGAAAGCUCGGUAAAAUCUCGGACUACUACGUGGAAGUAUCACUCGAAAAUCCAUCAUCAUCGAAGAAGACGGGCACUCAGAAGAAGACAAGCAACCCGGAAUGGAACGAGACGAUACACGUGACAAUUCAAGAGUCUUCUGAAAUCGUUUUCCGCGUACGAAACAAGGGAAAGAUUUUCGACGAUCCGCUGGUCGGCCAAGCAAAGCUGAAAAUCUCGUCGAUUCAACGAAGCGAAAAUGGACAAUUCGCCGGUACACCGAACACUCUUCAACUGUUUGAUAAAGACGGGAGUGCACCGUUGGGAACGCUAGUGGUGGUGCUAAAAGGAACACUGGAAAAGCGACGUUCUGAUGUUCGUCGUGAAAACAGUCAAGUGGAAACAACUUCCCAACAGCCGCCGCCAUCGCAACGACGGUCAGCAACUGCUUCGGGAAAAACUCGCGACACCAUCAUUCCAUCACAACAAGCGCCGGCAAAUCCGGAAGAUCAACUACCUGAUGGAUGGGAAAUGCGAUUCGAUCAAUUUGGACGCAAAUAUUAUGUCGAUCACACAACAAAGAGUACAACUUGGGAACGACCAUCGUCAACUCCACUACCCUCUGGAUGGGAGAUGAGAAGAGAUCCAAGAGGACGCGUCUACUAUGUCGACCACAAUACGAGGACCACCACUUGGCAACGCCCAACUGCGGAUAUGCUAGAAGCGCACGAACAAUGGCAAUCGGGCAGAGAUCAAGCCAUGCACCAAUGGGAGCAAAGGUUUUUGUUGCAGAAUAACGCUAAUGCGUCGGAUGAUCCACUGGGACCAAUGCCUGAAGGAUGGGAAAAACGAGCAGACCCUGGCACUGGUAGAACCUACUUUGUCAACCAUGUUAAUAGAACAACGCAGUGGGAAGACCCACGGACUCAAGGUGGCGCCACCGAUCAACCAUUGCCCGAGGGAUGGGAGAUGCGUUUCACGGAGCACGGAGUGCCGUUCUUCAUCGACCACAAUACAAAGACGACUACCUACAAUGAUCCGCGCACAGGAAAGCCUCUCGGACCGCUCAAUGUUUAUGGGUUAUCGGUAGCCUAUGAGAAGAGCUUCCGAUGGAAAAUUGCUCAAUUCCGCUACUUGUGCUUGUCAAAUGGAGUGCCGAAUCAUGUCAAAAUUACGGUUAGCCGAGGAACGGUCUUCGAAGAUUCUUUCCAAGAGAUUAUGCGCAAGAAUCCCGUUGAUUUGCGGCGACGUCUCUACAUUCAAUUCCGAGGAGAAGAAGGCUUGGAUUAUGGAGGAGUUGCUAGGGAAUGGUUCUUCCUGUUGUCUCAUGAAGUGUUAAAUCCAAUGUAUUGUCUCUUCAUGUAUGCCGGAAAUAGCAACUACAGUCUGCAAAUUAACCCAGCCUCCUUCAUCAACCCAGAUCACUUAAAGUACUUCGAGUUUAUUGGACGCUUUAUAGCUAUGGCUUUAUUCCACGGGAAGUUUAUCUAUAGCGGUUUCACGAUGCCAUUUUACAAGAAGAUGCUGAGCAAAAAGAUUGUUCUCAAAGAUCUCGAAUCAGUGGACAACGAAUUCUAUAACUCAAUCGUCUGGAUCAGCCAGAACAAUAUCGACGAAUGUCAGAUGGAUCUCUACUUCGUCGCCGACUACGAGCUAUUGGGCGAAUUGAAGACACAUGAAUUGAAGCCAGGGGGUACCGAUAUUCCAGUAACAGAAGCUAACAAGGAGGAAUACAUCGAGUUGCUCGUCGAGUGGAGAUUCAACCGUGGCGUCGAACAACAGACGAAAGCGUUUUUCAAAGGUUUUACUUCGGUCUUCCCAUUGGAAUGGUUGCAAUACUUCGAUGAACGGGAACUGGAACUACUCCUCUGCGGCAUGCAAGAUAUUGACGUCGACGAUUGGCAAAGACAUACUGUCUAUAGACACUAUGCACCCCAAAGUAAACAGGUCACCUGGUUCUGGGAAUGGGUUCGAUCGUUGGAUCAAGAGAAGCGUGCGCGUUUGCUGCAAUUUGUCACGGGUACAUGUCGGGUGCCGGUCGGAGGAUUUUCUGAGCUAAUUGGUAGCACCGGACCACAGCUCUUCUGCAUCGAACGAGUGGGAAAGGAAAAUUGGUUGCCGCGAUCGCACACCUGCUUCAACAGGCUUGAUCUCCCACCUUAUCGAAGCUACCAGCAACUGGCAGAAAAGCUCAGCCUCGCCAUCGAAAUGACCGAGGGAUUUGGAAAUGAA